CUCUAUUUAUACUAUUAUGACCAUCAGCUACUACGUACGCCAAGUAACACUGGAAGAUAUUAAAUUUGCCCAAGAGGGUACCGAUGUGUAUAACUCUGCAUACACUACUCACGAUGGCUGGACCACUGAAGCUAGUAUUGUUCAAGGAAAACUGACAGAUAAAGCGACACCGAACAAUUCAUUUAUGAUAGGUAACGACGCCCAUGUGGUGGGUACACUUAUGAUUGUGCCUUUUCCUGAUUUACAGGAACUGCCUACACCUGGUGAAGCCAUGAUUACGAGAUUUGCUGUCAGCCCUGAUCAUCAGUCUAAAGGAUUGGGCCGUCUUUUGAUUGAAGGCUCAUUUAAAGUAAUGAGGGAACAAGGAUAUGAACGCUGUUCGAUCCGAGUCUUUGAGAACAGACCUGAAAUUUUGGCUUGGUACACAAAGGUUGGGUUUAAGGACACCAAUGAGCGCAAAAAAUUAGUUCUGCCUGUUGGUUUUGUCAUUAUGAAGUUGGAUCUUUAAAGUCUACCUCGUAUUCUUUUGAAAAAAAAACACAAAUAAAUAUUAGAAUAAAGUAAUACCGAUUGAACCUGUACAGAGGAA